GUCACACAGAUCACACAAGCCUGAGUACAAAGGAAUUUCACUGCCUCACUGCCUCACUGCCUCAAACCAAAGUCACAGCUUUGCUGUGCCUGAGCGGAUUACACUGACUCUGGUCCGACAAAGUGUUAUUCAGAGAUGGCUGAGGCACAUCAGGCGGUGGGCUUCCAGUUCACAGUGCGCCCAGAUGGUGUGGACCUUAAACUGAGCCAAGAGGUCAUCAAAACCAUCUACCUGUCAGGAGUGACAGCAUGGAAGAAGCGAGCCAUUCAAUUCAAGAAUGGUGUAUUGGCUGGAGUCUAUCCUGCCAGUCCGUCCAGUUGGCUGAUAGUUGUGAUUGCCAUGAUGAGUUCCUUGUACAUCCGCAUAGACCCCUCUCUAGGAAUGAUUGACACAAUCAAGGAAAACCUACCACACAGAGACUAUAUGUCAGUGCAGACCCGAGCGGUGCUGAGUACCAUAAUUUUUGCCACUGGACUAUGGGUGUUCCUCAUCUAUCUCUUGAGAUACACUCUCAAAGCUCUACUCUCCUACCAUGGAUGGAUUUUUGAAUCCCAUGGAAAAAUGAGCACGUCAACCAAAGUGUGGCUGAGCCUGGUGAAGAUGUUCUCUGGGCGCAGACCACUGCUCUACAGUUUUCAGGCCUCCUUACCCAGGCUCCCUGUGCCGAGUGUGGAUGAUACAAUUCGCAGGUACCUUGAGUCGGUCCUUCCUCUGCUGGACAGUGAACAGUACAACCAAAUGGAGAUUUUGGCCAAUGAAUUUAAAGAUUCCGAAGCAGCCCAGCUGCAGAGAUACCUAAUCCUAAAAUCCUGGUGGGCAACAAAUUAUGUAAGUGACUGGUGGGAGGAGUACAUCUACCUCAGGGGCAGGAGUCCUAUCAUGGUGAACAGUAACUUCUAUAUAAUGGACCUCUUGUAUGUGACCCCAACGCACCGACAGGCUGCACGGGCAGGGAAUGUGGUUCAUGCCAUGCUGCAGUACAGACGCAAGCUAGAACGUGGUGAACACGCACCGCUGAGGGCUGUGGGGACUGUUCCUAUGUGUUCCACUCAGAUGGAGAGGAUCUUUAACACCACCCGCAUUCCUGGGAUUGAAACAGAUAUUGUACAGCACCUGACUGACCGUAAGCACCUGGUCGUUUACCACAAGGGCCGUCUCUUUCAAGUGUGGCUGUACACUGGAGGGCGCCACCUCUUACCCAGUGAACUUGAGACACAGUUUCAAAGGAUCCUCAAUGAUACAUCAGAACCCCAGCCAGGAGAACUCAAAUUAGCUGCCUUGACUGCGGGAAACAGAGUUCCAUGGGCUCGGGCUCGGAUUAAAUAUUUCAACCAGGGAGUGAACAAAGUGUCCUUGGACUCCAUUGAGUCAGCUGCCUUCUUCCUGGCACUAGAUGACGAGCCGCAGGGUUAUGACCCUGCAAAGAAUGGUUCACUUGACAGUUACGCCAAGUCCCUGCUUCAUGGAAAAUGUUACGACAGGUGGUUUGACAAGUCUUUCACCUUGAUCUCUUAUCCGAAUGGAAAAAUUGGUGUAAAUGCUGAACAUUCUUGGGCUGAUGCACCAAUUGUAGGACAUAUGUGGGAGUAUGUCCUUGCAACAGACUGCUUCCACCUUGGCUACACAGAGGAGGGACACUGCAAAGGGGAUGUGAACAAAGGCCUGCCUUAUCCCACUCGACUACAGUGGCAGAUUCCAAAGGAGUGCCAAGAUGUAAUUGAGACUUCAUACCUAUCAGCCAAGCAGAUAGCUGAUGACGUGGACUUCCAUGGCUGUCUGUUCAGUGAGUUUGGGAAAGGACUGAUCAAGAAGUGCAGGACCAGCCCCGAUGCCUUUAUUCAGCUGGCCCUGCAGCUGGCACAGUUCAGGGACCAGGGUGUUUUCUGUCUGACGUACGAGUCAUCAAUGACUCGUAUGUUCAGAGACGGUCGGACGGAAACGGUACGAUCCUGCACUUCUGAGGCUGUUGCAUUUGUCAGAGCCAUGGAGGAUGCAGGUGCAACAAAUGCCCAGAGACUUGCCCUGUUUCGAAAGGCGGCAGAUAAGCAUCAAAACAUGUAUCGUCUGGCCAUGACUGGUUCUGGUAUCGACCGUCACCUCUUCUGUCUCUACAUAGUGUCCAAGUACCUUGGUGUUGACUCACGAUUUCUUAAGAAGGUGCUUUCAGAGCCCUGGAAGUUGUCAACCAGCCAGACUCCACAGCAGCAGCUCAAUUUAGUUGACAUUAACAAGUUCCCUAAAUAUGUGGGUGCAGGUGGUGGAUUUGGCCCAGUGGCUGAUGACGGUUAUGGAGUGUCUUAUAUAAUUGUUGGGGAAAACCUCAUCACAUUCCACAUCUCGAGCAAGUUCUCUAGCCCUGACACAGACUCAUACCGGUUUGGUCAGCACAUUAGGAAGGCCAUGCUUGAUAUCCAAGCACUUUUCAAGCUAGAAAAUGACAAGAAGACGGUGGAGCAUGCAAAGCGUGUACAGCUGGAAAAUGGGAAAAAGCACAUAUAAUAGACACUGUGGGAUGGUUUGCUUCAUUUGGCUCACAUAUGACCUGUGAGUGUCUUUGUAGUGCUUCAUUCAUAAAAACAAACCAAUGUUCUGGUGACAGGUUGCACUUAGGAUGUUUUUGCUUUUAUGGUGUGUCACGUUGUAGGAGCUGGUCAUUCCUGUCAGACAAAAAGAACAAUUGUUACUCUAAUUUAUCUCUGUUUAUACUAUAAUGUUCAGAGCUGUGCAGUUUUGUUGCUGAGGGAAAGAUGUAAUCUUUAAAAAUGGGAAAUUUUGAUUUUGCAAUGGUUAUUUCUCCCUCCUUGAAACCUUUUGUCAGUUUAUGCCAUAGACUGUACAAUUUUUAAAAAGUAUGUUUGAAAAUAGAAAUCUAUUGUUACGUCAAUAUUUAUGAAUUUGCUGUUCAUUUUAAGGUGUUUUGUCAUUUGAUUAUACACAUAUUAUAUACAGCCCAGAAUCAUCGGCUUUUGUGCAACUGAU